GCGUUGUUUGACUGCUGUCGAUGCUGGUCGGUUUCCGGACCGGAAUCUCACAUCCGGCAUCUUACUACCGUUUCUCAGUCGCGCUCAACCACCAGUGCAAUCAUUCUCUUACCCAUAUCUUAGGAAUGGGAACUCAGUCACCUGCAAAGAGACCCUUCUGUCUUUCGUGCUCAAAACCCGCUCGUCUCUGUCUCUGCUCUCGCUUCAAGACCCCUUCUCUCGAUAACUCGAUUGCUGUCACGAUUCUCCAGCACAGCCAAGAGAGAAAACACCCUCUUAAUUCUACCAGAAUUGCUAUUCUUGGGCUCAAGAAUCUCACAGUAGCAACGGUUUCCGAUGUUCAUUCUGAAGCACAGUUUCUCAUUCGAUUGCUGAAGGCGAAUUUCGAAACCACUUCGGCUGCGUCAGAGGCCAAUAGUAUAUUUUGCAGUUGUCCAAACUACGUAAAAAGACCAAAUUUUGAUCGACAUUGGGGAUUCCAAACACUCCAAGAGCCGUUAUUUGAAGGAGACCUUGAACUCCCUAUCGUUGGCACCAAGUUGGGAAACAGAAAUGAGGAAACAUCAGAUUUUUUGCAGGUUUUGGUGUCUCCGGAGGAGAAACAACAGGCAUUUUCGACAAGCAAUCAAUCUGUUUUAGAAGUAGACCAUGAAUCCACUAUCAGUAGAAGCAAUGGUAGAAGUGGUUCAGUUAAUUUGAAGAUCCCUCAAAGCUACCUAGAAAAGCAAUCAGAUUCAGAUCAGGUUUUAGCUCCCACUACGUUAAAUAGAACAGUUUCUGAUUCCCAAAACCAAGGUGCCAUACCCCAGCCAGAGAACCUUCUUGGAGCAGAAACAGAUCAAAUUGAAGAGGCCCCAACAGGUGAAAAGGAAACCCUCAUCACUGCUACCAUUGCCAAAUGUGGUUACACUUGCUCUCUUACCCAUCUCCAAACCCCUCAAAACGACUAUAAGAAACCAGAUUUUGAUCGGCUUUUAGACUCUCAGGCAGGUCAAGACGCCAUCUCAAAUGGGUUUGUCGUGAAAAAGUUGCAGAAGAGGAAAUUGGAUGGGAGCAUGGAGUUCGAAGAGUGUGAAGAGUUUGAGAUUGCGGUUCCUCCUGGAACAGCCCUUCUCUUCCCGACCAAGAAAUCAAUCAGCUUAGAGGCCGUUGAUUUUCCGGUGAAGGGCUUGAUUGUUUUGGAUGGAACAUGGGCAAAAGCGAAGAGAAUGUACCAUGAGAAUCCAUGGUUGAAACUUUUGCCGCAUUUGAAGUUGGAUCCAAGCAAGUUGAGCUUGUACAGCGAAGUGAGGCAUCAGCCUAGGGCCGGAUGUCUGUCCACCAUAGAAAGCAUCGUGUGUGCCCUUAAGGCAUUAGGAGAUGAUGGCGAGGCUCUGGAUGAUCUCUUGGAUGUGUUCGAAUCAAUGGUGGGAGACCAGAGGCGAUGCAAAGACGAAAGAUUGAACAAAACUUCUCCGCCAUGAGAUUUUUACACCUACUGUAAUUCUUAAUUCUUGGUCGAUGCAACUUGAAGUAUAUUUUAAUUGAUUGAUUAUAUUUCUUGA